AUGCUGGCACGUACUCAAAUGAUGAACAUGAGUCGCGAGAUCAUUUCGCGCAAUUCGAGCCCUCCGCCAAAACACGAUUUGGACAGCAUUGAGCUGCGCGUGCACGCCACGAAGAGUUUGUGCGACGAUGUGGCGCAGGUGCUGCUCGGCCACAAGUUCAUGCCGUUGGGCAUGUGGAUGUGGCUCGUCAACAGCGAGAUCGUCUACGUCGCCCCGCACAUGUCACCGCCCUCGUCGCCCGCUUCCGGACGUUCUCGUCGCGACUCGUCGAGACGCUCUUCAAGAUCGAGACACUCGUCGGCGAGUCCGCCACGAAAGUCGCCGCGUGUAAGUGAAAUGGAACACAAAUCGCGUGUUUGUGCUCGGUAUUUCGGGUCAAGUUGACAAAACAAUUCAUGUAAUUACCGAGCACUAUGAAAAUUUCCAGUUUUUGCAGGUUGAGGAAAAUCACGAGGAGGAAGAGGAGGGAAACCCGGAGGAUGAGCAGGAUCCAGAGCCGCAAGACAAAGUCGGUCGUCCGGGAUCUUCAUCGCCUCGCCAAGAGCCGCAAAUCGAAGGAGCUGGACCGUCGAACGGCACUGAACAGGUAGUGUCCUCCGGUUGCUAAAACGGACAGUGCUAAAACGCUAGUGUUUGCAGGAUUCCACUGCUGCCCAAUAGGCGCCACCCGUCGUCUUCCCACCUCCAUCGCUUCGCCCAAUCGAUAUUCUACAAUAUUCGCUCGUGUUUCAGAGCGUCACUCUUCUAUCCGCAUUCAAUAUCGUACAAUUAUGUCUGAAUAUCCUCUAUUCCCCCUAUUUCCCGUCUAAAAAUAAAGCAAUUAUCAGCGAAACCGACAUAUUCUAUUGUUUUCCUUUUCAACAAACUUCCGGAAGUCCCGUUUGAUCCCGUUUUUCAAUAAUUCCAGUGGGAAAACUAAGAAAAAUUCAUCAAAUUCGCGUUCUUCGUCAUCGGGGCAAGAAUAAUUCGAAUCGGAAAUCGAUGCUGACGACUCAUCCCAUUCACGUGCACAUUUCCAGGCACGACAGAUCUUUGCUUCAGAAAUGGCAAUACAGACAGUCUGGAUCUCUGCACUCGACGGGUGCAAAUCCGGGCGUGAGAAAUUUCCAAAAUUCUCAAUUCUCUUUGCGCAAAGUCCCCCACGCACUUCACCUAUUUUCGGUCCUCGUUUCUCUCUGACGCUUGUUCAAAGACCAAUUUCGAUAAAUGGAAGGAGCAUUCAUCUUUCAGGAAAAAAAAACGCUCAAAUCCCAUUUCCCCUGCUGCUGGUGGAAAUUGACACAAAAAAUGGCGGCGUUUCGCCGUGAGAACGGAAAUUGGAUUCUUCGCCGGGGGGGUUCUCUGGCCUACAGUAAUCCCUCUUUUUCGGCGGGGAUUCGCGCAUUCUUAACUAGUGUGUUUCAGAAGCCAAUUAUUUUGAUGUUCGAUGAAGCCAAACGACAAACAGUUGCGUGUUUUGUCAUGCCAAUGAAAUAAUGUUCGCACUUCCGGAACCUGACAUCAUUUCGACGAGUCGACGAAUUUCCGAAAAGAAAACAUUGCCAAUUAGUGCGUCGUGGUGCGUUUGCGUGCGCAUUUCAGAUCAUUUUUUGUGUGAUGCAGAAAUCCGACACUUUGCAACUAAUGAGAUAAGAAGCGAAGCUUCUGGAGCCCCCCCCCCUUUUCAGAUGACGAAUCUCUCUCUCUCUCUCUCUCACUCACUCACUUUCACCGUGUCAUCCUUUGUUGUCGUCUGCACUUUGUGGGUGUGCUCCAGAAUCGUUAACGAUGGUGCGUCGACCAACUUUUUUAAUAAUGCGCAGUUCUGCUUCCCAUUCCCAUUACGUUGAUUAGUCGCUGUUUUUUUGUUCUCUCGAGAAAGGUGAAAUUAUGAGCACCAAUGAUUGGAUAAUGAGUGGGAAAAAUUGAGCAAGUGUAUAGUCGAGGGGAUUAGAGACGCCCACGCACGCACUUUGCGUGAUUACGAUUGGAGAAGGUAUAAAAGGAGCCGUUCGGGCGGGGCUUUCAGAUUUCCAAACUUGUUUCAUCAAACUUUUUCGGGUUCAAGAAAGCUUCGAUUGUAGACUUUAGAAGUCCGAGGAGCAUACGUGGAUCCUAUUGAGGGCUUUCAAACUUUUCGAAAAUCAAUCGUCGGCUUUAGUUUUAACUAUGCAAUGUUUCGAUCAAUUUGUUGCAAAAUGUGUAAAGAUGAGCGCUUUUAGAUACGAAAAAAAGACGGUGUUCUCACAAAUUCCCGCCCAAUUUGUAGUCCGUUUGGGUCGAUACUAUCCAAACUGCAACGCCAGUCUGUUCAGGCCUACGGGCUUAGGCCCAAACUUUCAAGGGAAAGUGUUCUUGUUGCAAAGCCGUCCUCGCGCAUUGGCCCCGCCCAUUUUUUGCGUUUACGCCACGCCCACUUGUUGCUUCUUCGGCAAGCGAGAAAGUGAAACGAGACUCAUUUUAUCCAGGAAGACUGCUUCUUCUCGGACGCCCCCUCCCCCCCGACGACAUCAUGCACGGCUCUAUUGUAUUUCUGCUUUGUGCGCUUCUGGCCGUUCAGGCCAACGCAUUCUACUUGGUACGUUAAUCGAAUUAUCAUCGUAACCUUUUCGAAAGUUAUUAUGGGGCUUCUUUUUAAUUAAAAGUUGAAUAUUGUCGCUUUGCAGUUCUUCCCGCAGGCCAACGACCGCAUAAUGGCGCUAGAGGUGGCCGAUCAGGCGGCGGCCGCCCGUUAUCCAGUCCUCGAAGAUCCGCGGGAGGAGCAAGAGGAGGAGGAGGAGCCGGUGAUGACCGCCAAGAGAACGUCGGCGGGUACGUUGCAUUUUCGCUCGAUUUCAAGGCCAAAUUUCUCCGUUUUUGUUUGCAGGCAACUCGCUGCGUCGUCGCUCGGCCGAAUCGUACCACUGCCCGUGCCUGCACAAGGUGUGCACCUAUCACUGCAUGACCAAGUAA